AUUGACGAGGUGGCUGAUAAGGAUGAUCUUAUCGGCACUCCCGAGGGCACCAAGCGCAUGUUCCUCACUUCUCGCUUGGCGCAGAAACAGAACGUCUUCACUUUGGGCGAACGGGCGCAGAUACUCGACAAGUUAGAGGAGACAGUCAUCAUCCCACACGUUGCUGCGAAGAUGAAUGAGAAGUUCUACAUAGAGAAGCUUUUCCGGUCCUACAACUUCGCUAUCCUAGACAACUCCUGUCACGAAUACCUGUUUAUAGUCCAGUUCUUUCAGGUGAAAAGUAGCGCAGGCACGUUAGAGAUAUUCAAAGCCGUCAUGGGCAAAUCACUGCAGCUGUUUCAGGAGAACCUACGGGAUAUGCUCACCAAUUCAUUCGGUAUGUGUGGGCAUGACCCGUUUAUGCUGAGCUUCAAUCCGUUACUGUAA